GAGAAAGAUCAGUAAAAAUAUCAUUGAAAAUUGCGAUUUCGAGCUAUGGAGGACAAUCAAGCGUUUCCCUGUCUUAAAUUAGGGUACAAAGAAGAMGAUUCAGAGGAUGAGUGUGAAGAAGAUUGGACAUCCGGCUUCGUAAACCAAGCCAUUGUCAAACGUCCUAAUGGCCGCCAGGACCAGACUUCACCMGCCAAGAAAAAGCAAAGAACAASUUCWCCAGAACAAAAGGACRACAUCAGUGCAAAUCUAAAGCCUUCAGACGACAUUUUGCAUUCGUCAAAAGGACAUGAAAGAACAAUUAUACAUAUAGACAUUGAUUGUUUYUAUGCUCAAGUUGAAAUGCUUUUGAACCCAUAUCUUCAGAACAAGCCUCUUGGGAUACAGCAAAAGCACAUAGUUGUGACCUGCAACUACGUUGCUCGUGAACGGGGACUAACAAAACUCAUGAGRAUAUCGGAUGCAAAGAARAAGUGUCCCGAUUUGGUUCUYGUAAAUGGCGAGGACUUGACGAAAUAUCGAGAUUUUAGUAAAAGAGUCAAUGAUCUUCUACUGGGUAUUACCCCUUWUGUUGAGAGACUCGGUUUCGAUGAGAACUUUCUUGAUGUUACUCAGCUUGUUCAAGCAAGGAUAGGGGAUAUCAAGAAUGACAAUAAUACAUUAAGCCCWGUUGGUUUUGUGUAUGGUGACAAAGAUUUCGUCAAACAGACAGAGAAAUGCACAUGYRGAUGCCACCAGAGGCUUACCAUUGGYUCAAUACUGGCUUCAGAAAUCAGAGAACAGAUUUUUGAGCAAAUUGGCUUGACCUGCUGUGCUGGUGUUGCACACAACAAGAUACUUGCCAAGCUUGCUGGAGAAUGUCAUAAACCAAACCAACAAACAGUUUUGUUUCCAGAAAACAUAAACUCCUUUAUGCARAGUCUUCCAGCAAGAAAAAUUCCAGGAGUUGGAAGUAGUUCAGCCAAAAGAUUACAGUCAAUUGGAAUAACUUCAGUGCUUGAGCUACAAUCCUGUUCUUUAGWAGCAAUCCAAGCAGAAUUUGGAGAUGGACCUUCRGCUUUAAAUAUGAAGAGAUUAAGUUAUGGAAUUGAUGAUGCAGAUGUUAUUCCAUCAGGCAGUCCAAAGUCCAUCAGUGAAGAAGAUACGUAUCAUGAGUGCUUUACUCUUAGUGAUGUGACUGCAAAGCUCAAAGGACUCAAUGACAAACUUGUGUCAAGACUGAMAAGUGAUCUUGGCUUUCCGCAAACUGUACGUUUGACAAUCAGAAGAGGUAUUGGUGAACUAGCAGGCGACAGAAAAGAAAGCCGCCAGUGCCCCAUACCAACAAAAUUUAGCUCUUCUGGACUUAAMAAGGUGAAAAAGACUGAAAUCCUUCUCAGYRUGACRUUGGAGCUUUUCAAGAAAUUGGUAGAUAUUAAGCAGCCUUUUAAUAUCAAGUUACUGAAUGUAUGUCUGACAAAAUUUCAAAAAACAACCAAUAAAGGCAAAGCAGGCUUGAGCAACUUUUUCCUAAACUGCAAGGAUAAUGCUUCAGGAUGUUCACAGUCUACUCUUGCAGGAAAUGACAGAACAUUUGAGGAACCUAAUAACAAAGAAACUUCAAUUAAAACAGAAAGAUUGGGAAAACAAGAAGCCAUAAAGGAAAAACUGGAAAAACCUGUUAAUAUGGACACCCAACAGUGCAAUGCUAAAAGCCUAUCAGAAAAGGCAAGCCCUACACCUKCACAKUUUGGGGCCGACAAAAGUACUGAUAAUAUACAAAUACCAAGUACAGUUGAUAAAGACAUUUUUAAMUCACUUCCAGUUGAAUUGCAAAAAGAAUUGAUCCAACAAUGGAACCUUGAACAAAAACAAUUAUAUGAAAGCAGGAAGAAUCAGAAGAAUUCAUCUGCUUCUGGACUGUUGAAGUAUUUUKCAAAGAAAUAGUUAAGAAAAUCAUAAGUUUAGUUUAUCUAAAUAUUGGAUAUUUUGGAGGAUUUUAUCGUUAUAAUGUAAGUCACAUUAAUUACUAAAAUGUGAAACAAAAGGAUCUAUUGAAAAGGCAAAACACUCGACACUUGAUAAAAAAUGAUUCCGUUACUUGAAUGUUUCAUUUAAUAUGCUGUUUGCCCUCUCAAGGCAAGAUGAACAUAAAAAUUAACAAUUCCAUUUUAGUAGACCUCCAGGAGUGCCUUACACAGUAGGGCUCACAAGACUCAAUAAAGUUCAUUCAUCUUCAAGUGCUGGUUAUACAAAAUGAACAUAAAACAAGUGACCUACACAUACAAAUUCUAAAUUCAGAAUGUCACCAAUAGCCUAAGGCUAAGUAGCCAAUUAAAAUGUAUGGGGUGAUCUAAAGGGCACCAGACCAAAGCA